AUGAGCGGGACUAUAACGGGGCCUGUCGGAACGCCUUAUGAAGGAGGAACGUUUCUGGUUGAUAUAGUAUUAACAGAUUCGUACCCGUUCAAGCCUCCAAAGAUGACCUUCAUUACCAAGGUCUGGCACCCUAAUGUCAGCAGCCAAAACGGUGCGAUCUGUUUGGAUAUCUUGAAAGACCAGUGGACUCCUGCUUUGACGCUGAAAACCGCUCUGUUGUCACUCCAAGCUCUGCUAUCAUCACCUGAACCUGACGACCCGCAAGACGCAAUCGUCGCUCAACAGUAUUUGAAGGAUUACCAGACGUUUGUCAACACUGCACGGUACUGGACUGAGGCGUUUGCAAAAAGACCAUCCUUGGCACUUGAUGACAAGGUGAAGAAGCUGGUUGAGAUGGGCUUUCCAGAGACGGCUGCUAGAGGAUGGGUGGUGGCUCCUGGGUCUGCAAGACUGCUCCGGCAUUUCCAGUCCCGCACAUUGAAGCAAGCGCUGGUAACCACCCACCCACGCCUGGACGUGCUGCUUCUCAACGACCAGCUUGGCAACUUCACCUUUGACUCUCAACUCAACUUCACUGCCGCCGCCGCUGCUGUUUCUUCUGCCUCCGCUUCUCCACCUCACUCGACUCCUACCUCAUCAACCCCUUCAUCUCACUCUCCUCCACCCGAUGCAUCAGCGUUAGCCCCGUCAGUAGCAGCGCCUUCAGUAACAGCUGCGUCAUCAUCUGGAGAGACGACAAAAUCAGGAGGCGCAUUAUUAAACGAGGCACAUACGUCACCCCCAGCAGCAGUGUCAGGCAUCGACUCAUUGGAAUCUGCCAGAAGGAGGGUGAAUGACUUCGUUGAGACCUGCAAGAAGUGGAAUUUGAAGCCGUCACAAGUCCUUGUGGUGCUUGGUUCUGGACCCACCUCCUCGUUCCUCGCGCAAGCCCUGCAAGACAGCCCUUUCUUCAUAUGUCAGAUGACCACAAAUUCCUUCACUGCAGAUGCCGUACCUCCACCUCCGGCCCAGGCACAUUCCAGUCUUGAAUCUCCCUCGCAAGGAGACAGUGUUGACGCCAGGAUUGCUGAAAGUCAACGUAAGGCCGCCAUGGUUGGAAAUAGCGCUGGCAAUGUCUCCAUGGAGUCCCCAAGUGUAUCAGCUCAGGGGACCGCUGGAUGGACUGCAUGGUGGAAGCAGCUGUCGGAGGGGACAUUGCACAAGGAUGGAAUGCGAGACGGUGAUGUGCGAGUGGCUGGGGAGCGGAAACAGGUUGCUGACUGGCUGCAGGCUAGUGCUAGAUUUAAGGCAGCAGAUAUGGUGGAGUUGAAGGGAGUGGUGGAGGAGCUGAAUGGAGUGUCGUUUAGAAGCAGCACGUUCAUGCAUGCGCAAGGGAGAAUCUAG